AUGGCGUCGACAGCGCAACAAGGCGAAAAGAAGAAGCAGCCCAGCCCUCUGCGAUCCGUCAUUGCGGGCUCAACAGCUGGCGCCAUUGAGAUUGCUAUUACCUAUCCCGCCGAAUUUGCAAAGACCCGGUCGCAGUUGAACAGACGGUUAGCAGAGGGCCAGAAGCUCCCGUGGCCGCCGUUCGGCAAGCAGUGGUAUGCAGGAUGCACCACUCUCAUUAUUGGCAACGCAGCCAAGGCUGGAAUUCGAUUCGUGGCAUUUGAUCAGUACAAGGCGCUACUUGUUGACGAGGAGGGCAAGCUGUCUGGACCCCGAACUGUGCUUGCGGGUUUCGGUGCGGGAGUCACAGAGUCAUUGCUUGCCGUGACUCCUACCGAGAGUAUCAAGACCACUCUAAUCGACGACCGCAAGUCCGCCAAACCUCGGUUGCGCGGCUUCCUCCACGCCGUCCCCAUCAUCGCCCGCGAGCGAGGCAUCCGAGGUUUCUUCCAGGGCUUUGCCCCCACGACCGCCCGACAAGCCGCCAACAGCGCGACACGAUUCACAGCCUACAACUUCUUCAAGCAGAUGGCCGAGUCGUACACAGCACCCGGCGAGAAGCUUGGCGCCGUGGGAACCUUUGCCAUUGGUGGUCUGGCCGGUCUGAUCACCGUGUUUGUUACGCAGCCGCUCGACACAAUCAAGACGCGCAUGCAGAGUAUCGAAGCGCACAAGACUUAUGGAAAUAGCUUCAAGUGCGCAACGACUAUCUUCAAGCACGAGGGUGUGUUGACGUUCUGGAGUGGUGCGCUGCCUAGAUUGGCGAGGUUGGUUGUGUCGGGAGGAUUGGUGUUUACUGCGUAUGAACAGAUCCAGGUGUGGUUCAACAAGAUAGAUCCCGACGAGAGGUAUAUUUAA